UAUAAAAGAAAGAAGAUGAAUGGGGAGAAUUCGCUGCCGCUGGUCAGCCUGGUCUCUUCUGUUCAGUCCUCUGCCACUCCCUUUUGCUUUUCACUCGCUGCAGUGAAGAAGAAGGGAAAGAGGAGAAGGGGGAGCUGAAGUGGAACGGAACCGAGGAAAAACCCUAACUUGAACUAGCGAGAUACUCGGAGUUGAUCUUCUGAUGCUUCUGGUUUCUUUCGAAAGAAGCGAAGUUUGUUGUCGACGUUGCUUCGUUUUAAGAGUUAAGUUGUUUAUUGCAGCUCAAUUAUCUGAAAAGAAUCUGCAUACAUGAGCUUGAUAAUCUAGUUCAUGAGUCCGGUAUAAAAAACCUCUAAGAACUGCGCUUUUAUCAUAAAUCUUGCGCAUUCUGAUGGAUCUGGUGUUGUGAGUUAUGAACCACCGAGGACAUUCAAUGUGCAGAUAACACUCCUUGACACUAAAUGUAGGUGAUAUAACAGUGUAACUGAGAAUGGAGAAGGUUCCUGAAUGUAAAAUGGACCAAGAGCAGGUAUUGUCUGUUGAUCAAGUUCUAGUUAUUCAUGAAAGUGCUUUGAGAGAAGAAAAAGGCCAUAAUGUUUCAGAGAUGGCUACACUCGUGAAGGCAUGGAAAGGGAAAAGCUCUUUCCAGGAAACAAGGGAGUCGUUGCCUGAUGUAGUCAGUUCAAAGAGUAGUGACUCUUACGAAGAAGUGGGAAAUACUUCUUUCUCUGGAGCAAGUCAUCCACCUGAACCUGUGGACAUGGACCUUAUGAGGACAGUUUAUGUAACAAUUGAUGAAAACAAGCCGGAGUCUGGGAACUUGAUGAAAGGUCUCUCUGUUAAAGGCCCUUUUAUAGAAGAUCUUUCUAUUCGGAUUCCAGGAAUGAAACCUACGCCUCCUCUUUCUCCCAUAGAGAGCUUGGUUGAGGAAGCUAGAGCUUCAGCUUCUUUGUCAUCCCCAUUCUCUGCUGAUCGAGCUUCACAGAGUAUGGAGACUGCAUACCUGCCACAGGAUUCUGAAGAGAAGGAAUGUGUGUGGGAUGCUUCUCUGCCACCAAGUGGCAAUGUCAGCCCACAUAGUAGCAUUGACAGCACUGGUGUUGUAACUGCAAUGAGUGUCGUGAAUAGCUGCACUAGCACUUACAGGAGUGAGGGGAUUACUAGUGAUGGGAUGCUUAGUGUCGAAAGGAAUUGUGAGAGUACGAAGGCAAGUGUUAGAGGUGAUUCACUUGAGAGUGAGAAAACAAGCAUGAGCAGAGCAAGUGACAGCAGUGGGCUUAGUGAUGAUAGCAAUUGGAGUAAUAUCACCGGGAGUGCUAAUAAGCCUCACAAGGGAAAUGAUCCAAGAUGGAAGGCCAUUCUCGCUGUUCGAUCUCGCGAUGGCAUAUUGGGCAUGAGCCAUUUUAGGCUUUUAAAACGGCUGGGAUGUGGUGACAUUGGUAGUGUCUACCUGUCUGAGUUGAGUGGGACUAGAUGCUAUUUUGCAAUGAAAGUGAUGGACAAAGCCUCGCUUGCUAGCCGGAAGAAGCUGACAAGGGCUCAAACAGAAAGGGAGAUUCUUCAGCUUCUGGAUCACCCAUUCCUUCCAACUCUAUAUACACAUUUUGAGACUGACAGGUUUUCAUGUUUGGUCAUGGAAUUCUGUCCAGGUGGUGAUUUGCAUACAUUAAGGCAACGACAGCCAGGGAAACAUUUUUCUGAGUAUGCUGCCAGAUUUUAUGCAGCAGAAGUGCUAUUAGCUCUUGAAUAUCUCCACAUGCUUGGAGUGGUUUACCGAGAUUUAAAGCCUGAAAAUGUUCUUGUUCGUGAUGAUGGCCACAUAAUGUUAUCAGACUUUGAUCUAUCCUUAAGAUGUGUUGUCUCACCAACACUGGUAAAGACCACAUCAUUUGACUUUGAUCCUUCAAAGCGCGGGGGAGGCGCGUUCUGCGUUCAACCGUCCUGCAUGGAGCCAUCAGCUGUGUGCAUCCAACCUGCUUGCUUCAUGCCCCGGCUCUUUCUUCAAAAGAACAAGAAGACAACCAGGAAAACAAGGGCUGAGCCUGGAGCACCAGUUGCCAGAUCCAACACCCUUCCCGAGCUCGUUGCAGAGCCGACUUCGGCCCGCUCCAUGUCCUUUGUAGGAACCCAUGAGUACCUUGCCCCUGAGAUCAUUAAGGGUGAGGGACAUGGCAGUGCUGUUGACUGGUGGACCUUUGGCAUCUUCCUCCAUGAGCUCCUCUACGGGAAGACCCCAUUCAAAGGAUCUGGAAACCGAGCAACUCUGUUCAAUGUGGUUGGGCAGCAGCUUAGGUUCCCAGAAUCACCAUCGACGAGCUACGCAAGCCGAGAUCUGAUCAGGGGAUUGCUCGUGAAGGAGCCGCAGCAUCGGUUCGGGGUGAAGAGGGGCGCGACAGAGAUCAAGCAGCAUCCCUUCUUUGAGGGUGUCAAUUGGGCAUUGAUAAGAUGCAGCACUCCGCCGGAGGUGCCGAGACCUGUGGAGGCCGAGCUGCCAAUGAAGUUUGGGACAUCGGAGGCGAUUGUGGGCAGUAACAACAAGAGGAUGGUAGGGAAUACUGAUAUGAAGUCUGGGGGUAAGUAUCUGGACUUUGAGUUCUUCUGAAAGACUGCUCUGCUGCCUUCUCAUCACUGUUAUUAGAUGUUGUAUUGAUUCCUUGAUUGCAAUGUUUCUACAUAAUGGUUUGUCAGUUUAGAAGAGGUCAUUGCCUUGAUGUGUUGAAAUUCCCUGAAACUUCCUUAAGAGACAAGGAUAUAGGGAUUUUUAGUGUGGUAUUCUCUUAGAUCCAGUUAGAAUCAGUGCAAGGAACUUGGUCAAUCUUGAUUCUUAGUUAUAGCAGGAGAAAUUCAUUUUAAACAUCCCAUAUUCCUAUUGAGUAUGAGCUUUAACAUUUCUAGA